GCAAGGUAGUUCUCUAUACAGCGCCGCAGCGGUGCAGCGACGCCGACUGCCUGGGCCGAGCGCGCGAUCGCUGCGCCGGGACUUGGCAGGUCGGCGGUGCGCGGAUAUCGUAGCGGCGCAGCCAGCGUUGCGGCGGCGGACGCACGCCGAUGCUCGGCUUCGAUGCGAUUUCGCUCGCGGCCCGUGGGGAGGCGGCGGCGCCGGAGGAGCCAGGCUUCAGCGCGAGCCCGGGCCGAGCGGGAUAUCGGUGGGCCGGAAGGAAAUCCGACUAGCCCGGCCGCCGUCUUGGGACGCCGGCAGCGACAAUGGCCGACGUGCGUCACACGCCGCCGGUCAGUCUGCUCGACCAAGUCGCCAGCGACAAGUCCAAGGUGUUCACGGUGGCGCUGCGCAAGGCUCCGGGCGGCGGCCUGGGCCUCGGCAUCCUGAAGGACUGCAGCGGUCCUGCUGAGACUGGCUACGUGCGGGUCCACGAACUUUAUCCAGGUCAGCCGGCGCAGCUCUGCGGUCGCCUACGAACGGGCGACGUCAUCCUCAAAGUGAAUGGCGUCCGCUUGCUCGGCAAAAGCACUGCGCAAGCUCUAGAGAUACUGAGGGCUGCGUCGGGCUUGGUGACACUUACGGUCUACAGGCAGCAGUCUGAGCCAAAUAGUGAUUCCUCGGAGAGCCGGGACGAGUUGAAUCACGGCUGUCGGGCGGGCAACUCUGAGAUCUCGCCGAAUAAUGGAGGCUACGACCACACGGGGCCAACCAUCGUUGCGCGGGCUUGCUCGUCCUCUCAGGACUCGAGUGGACUGAGCGACUCGGCCCUGCUGCCGCCAAAGUCCUCACCUCUCGACUCGAAGCUCCAGCUAGUCUGUCCUCUGCCCAGGCCCAGACUGCGCAAGAAGAACCAAACCGAGCCUCAGCAAGACGCCACUACUGCCCGCGGCCUGGCGGGACACUGUAACUUCGACGUGGUCACCGACGGAAGUGUGUUUGGUGACUUGUACAACGGUACGUUGCACGAGGACAAGACGUCGCGUGACGAUGCCGCUGCGGUCGGUGCUGCUCAGUGCCGGCGCCACAAGUCCGUGGGCGCGCUCACGGCGGCCGUCAGGCCUUCGGACAACGACAGCGUGUCGACUCUGGGCGAUGAUGUCCUGAACGGAUUCACGAGGCACGGAUCUACCGCAGAGGUGCGCUCGUGCUUCAAUAGGGUCAUGUUCGCGGACGGCUUCGGAGAUGAAGACGUUGGCCUCGCACGCUGGAGAGACUCGGUGCUCACGGAGGAGUCUGACGACUCCGAAGUGCCCCACCGCAGCCGAGCUCAGGCCACGGAGGCGGGUGAGGCCAAGCUUAUCGACGCACCGUCGUUAGAGAUUGAGUGCGUGUCUGUGAAGCUGCACCGCGGCUGGCACACCAAGCUGGGCUUCAGCAUCCGAGACUGCGAUCCUGACGCCCGGGACACGCCCAAUGCGCCAGUCGUCAAGGCCGUCUACCCGGGGAGUCUGGCCUCGAGGGAUGGCCGGAUCCGCACCGGCGACUUCCUCGUACAGGUGAACGGUUGCGACUUCAUCGGCUGCUUCGCUAAGGACGCCGUGGACUAUAUUAGGAAGUGCAGUGGCAUGCUUCAGCUACUCUUUGUCAGGGUGCACAAGUCGCACGCCGCACCUGAUCAGAAAUGACGAAGACACCGCAAGAAGGACGCAUCCGGCCCCAUCACCCUCUCGUACUCCCAUUACCUUGUUAUACACAUAUUUAUAAACAUGUUGCUGAAUUA